AACAGACAUAAACAUCAGCAAUGGGGACGGAAAAGACUCAAUUGAAAGUUCUCGGAGUAAGAAUCGAAACCAUUCGAUUACUCUUACGAGUUAUUAUUUUCAUAUCAAUCGCUGGUGCUGCCAUAUCGUCUCGAUUAUUUUCCGUAAUUAGAUUCGAAUCAAUUAUUCAUGAAUUUGAUCCAUGGUUUAAUUUUAGAGCUACUAAAUAUCUUGUAUCUCAUUCAUAUUAUGAAUUUUUAAAUUGGUUUGAUGAUAGAACUUGGUAUCCAUUAGGUAGAGUUACUGGUGGAACAUUAUAUCCUGGAUUAAUGGUUACAUCAGGUAUAAUUUGGCAUGUAUUAAGAGAAUGGUUAAGUUUACCAAUUGAUAUAAGAAAUAUUUGUGUAUUAUUAGCUCCAGCAUUUUCUGGUUUAACGGUAAUUUCAACUUAUUUCUUAACAAAAGAAAUGAAAGAUUCAAAUGCUGGUUUAUUAGCUGCUAUAUUUAUGGGAAUUGCUCCUGGUUAUAUUUCAAGAUCUGUAGCUGGUUCUUAUGAUAAUGAAGCAAUUGCAAUUACUUUAUUAAUGGCAACUUUUUAUUUUUGGAUUAAAGCAAUGAAAAUUGGUUCAGUAUUUUAUGGAACUUUAACUGCUCUCUUUUAUUUUUAUAUGGUAUCAGCUUGGGGUGGUUAUGUAUUUAUUACUAACUUAAUUCCUUUACAUGUAUUUGUAUUAUUAUUAAUGGGUCGUUAUACUCAUAGAUUAUAUACUGCUUAUUCAACAUGGUAUGCUUUAGGAACUUUAGCUUCUAUGCAAAUUCCUUUUGUUGGAUUUAAUCCAAUUACUUCAAAUGAUCAUAUGGCUGCUUUAGGAGUAUUUGGUUUAUUACAAUUAGUAGCUUUUGGUGAUUAUGUUAAAUCAAGAGUUCCAUCUGUUCAAUUUAAAACUUUCUUAGCUGUUUCAUUAACUUUUGUUAUUUUAUUAGGAAUUGCUGGAUUAUUUGGUUUAACUGCUUUAGGAUGGAUUGCUCCAUGGACUGGUCGUUUCUAUUCCUUAUGGGAUACUGGUUAUGCUAAGAUUCAUAUUCCAAUUAUUGCUUCUGUUUCAGAACAUCAACCAACAGCUUGGCCAGCUUUCUUUUUUGAUACUGGUAUGUUAAUUUGGUUAUUCCCUGCUGGAGUUUACUUUUGUUUCCAAGAAUUAAGAGAUGAACAUGUUUUUAUUAUCAUUUAUUCUGUCUUAUGUUCAUACUUUGCUGGUGUUAUGGUUAGAUUAAUGUUAACUUUAACUCCAGUUGUUUGUGUAGCUGCAGCCAUGGCAUUAUCUAAUUUAUUUGAUGUUUAUUUAAAUAUUGUUGAUGUAUUUACAACUAGUUCAAAUGAAAUUCAAGAAGAUAAAUCAACUACUAAGAAAUCUACAAAGAAAUCAGGAGUACUUGAAGAAAAAAAUGUAAUUUUACCAUUGAUUACUAAAUUGGUGGUUACUUUAACUUUUGCUUUCUACUUAUUUUACUUUAUUUUACAUUGUACUUGGGUUACUUCUAAUGCUUAUUCUUCUCCAUCAGUUGUUUUAUCAUCUAGAAAUCCUGAUGGAUCUCCAACCAUUAUUGAUGAUUAUAGAGAAGCUUAUUAUUGGUUAAGAAUGAAUACUCCUGAAGAUGCUAAAGUUUUAGCUUGGUGGGAUUAUGGUUAUCAAAUUGGAGGUAUGGCAGAUAGAACCACAUUAGUUGAUAAUAAUACUUGGAAUAAUACUCAUAUUGCUACUGUUGGUAAAUCCAUGUCAUCAUCAGAAGAUGUUGCUUAUGAAAUAUAUAAACAACAUGAUGUUGAUUAUGUUCUUGUUAUCUUUGGAGGUUUAUUAGGAUAUUCAGGAGAUGAUAUUAAUAAAUUCUUAUGGAUGAUUAGAAUUUCUGAAGGUAUAUGGCCUGAUGAAAUUAAAGAAAGAAAUUACUUUACUGAUCGAGGAGAAUAUAAAGUUGAUAAAGAGGCAUCACAAACUAUGAAAGAUUCAGUUAUGUAUAAAUUAUCUUAUUAUAGAUUUAGUGAAUUAUUUGGAGGUAGAGAUGGACCAGAUAGAGUUAGAAAUCAAGAUAUUCCAGCAGCUGAUCCACCGGAAUUACAUGUCCUUGAAGAAGCAUUUACUUCAGAAAAUUUUAUUGUUAGAGUUUAUAAAGUUAAAGAUUUAGAUAAUGUUGGUAGAAACUUAUUUGAUGCGACUAAGUUUGAUAAUCAAUUAUCUAAACCAUUAAAAAGAGCUAGAACAAUUAAAAGACCUGUGUUACCAAUAAGAGAAUAGUAUAUAUAGUAUAUAAUAGUUUAUAUAGAGUAACAUAACAUAUUAAAAAAUAAACCCCCCUCCCAUAUUAAAAUUUAAGAC